AUGGAUCCGGGCAACGUUGAUGCCGACAUCCUCGGGCCCGGUGGCGGCUUCGGGUCACCUUCUCGCGGCGAUGAUGCGGAGACAAAGGGCGGGAGGGCACUGCCGGAGGACCUGCCCAAAUCUCUCUACGACCGACGGCAGCCGCUGGCGAACCUGGUGCCGGAGACGGAAUACUACGACGGAUGGCAGGGCCAGUCACAGUUCCUGACAUCGCCGAUACUGGCGAAGCCGCUCGGAUUUGGCGAGCUGACGCUCAACGACCCCGACUACGGCGAAGACGUGACAAAGAGCGCGACAGCCGACAGCGACACUCGGCUGAUGGAGAUGCUGGCAGCACAGGCGGCACAUGCGAGCGGGGGGGCGGUGGAGGACGAAGAGGCGGUGGCGAACAGCAUCUCGCUGUCAGACGAGGAAAAACGGGCAACGCUGCAACGGGCACUGAACAUGGCGGCCAGUAACGGCAACGUGGAGCAGGUGCGACGGCUGCUGAAGGGCCGGACGCGGCGAUUCAUGGACGUCAAUGCAGAAGACGAGGACGGCACACCGCCGCUGAUCUACGCCAGCUGCUUCGGGCAUGAGGCGGUGGUGCAGGCGUUGAUCGAAGCGGGUGCCGACGUGGACCGGCAGGACCGCAACGCAUGGAGCGCGCUGAUGUGGGCGAUGACCAACCGGCACAAGGGCAUCGCGAAGCUGCUGCUGGACAACGGAGCAUCGACAGAGGCGAAGACGUCGUCGGGCCGGACGGCAUUUGACUUUGUGGCGCCAGACAGCGAGAUGUCGUACUACCUGCACGACAGCGGCUACAACAUUGGCAAUGCAGGAGUGACAGACGACUUUUACAACCCGGGCUUCUCGCAGGACCGGUUCGAGGAGGAGAUGGCAGAGAACGAGAUGCGGCGACGGAUGAUGAUGGAGAGUGCACGCGACCUGGAAGUGGACCUGGGCAACGUGGGGAUCGACGACCAGCCCGAGGCAAUGGACGAGUUCGAGGAGCAGCCAGAGUUUGACUGGACGCGCUGCCUCAAUGAUCAGAUGUUUGUGUUCCAGGAGAGCGACCUGGAUCGGAUCCUGGACAUUGUGAUCAGCAACAUGACGCCACAGCGGUCGCCGUCACAGAAGCCGGUGCCGGCCAACGUGGUGUUUCUGAGCGCACGAUAUGCGCACUACCACGCGAGUGCGGACCUGCUGGAGAAGCUGCUGGUGUCGGCCAUGGACAAAAUCAAUGACGUGGUGGAGCGACACCAAUGGGACAUGACGAUCCUGGCGUUCUGGAUCUCGAACGUGACGCUGCUGCUGCACUACCUCAAGAAGGACGCGGGGCUGCUGUCAGCGACGACGGACUUCCAGGCACAGCUGGCCGAGCUGAUCAACGAGAUCUUUGUGCUGAUUGUGCGGGACGCCGAGCGGCGGCUGGACAAGGUGCUGGACCCGGCGAUGCUGGAGCACGAGACGAUCCCGGGAUUCGAGGACAUUGCCUUCCAGCACGAGUGGAAGCUGUUCCGGCGGAAGAAGGAGGUCAAGGAGGAGCCGCUGGAGCGGCGGUUCCGGCCGCCGUCGCCGAAGCAGCGGGCGAAGCCGGCGCCGCGCAACGUGACGUCUCUGCUGUCGUCGACGCUCUUUGUGCUGGACCUGUACGACGUGCACUCGGUGAUCACGGGACAGUGCAUCGCGCAGCUGCUGUACUGGCUGGGGGCGGAGCUGUUUAACCGGAUCAUGUGCAACCGCAAGUACCUGGCGCGCACCAAGGCGAUGCAGAUUCGGAUGAACAUUUCCAUUCUCGAGGACUGGGCGCGGGCCAACAACCGGGUGCCGGGACACUACGAGCACGGCGAGCUGCGAGCGUCGGGCGAGCCGACGGUCGAGGCAGCGCGCCGCCACCUGGAGCCGGUCAUCCAGCUGCUGCAGUGGCUGCAGUGCUUUUCGUCGCUGGCGGCCGAUGACCUCGAGGCCCUGGUCGGCACGCUGCAGCAGCUACGUGCCCUCAGCCCACAGCAGCUGAUCCACGCGGCCGAGCACUACCGCUCCGAGGUCGGCGAGAAGGGGCUGCCGAAGAGCGCGCUGCGGUAUCUGCUGGCCGUGCAGAAGGAGGCGGCGCUGCGGCGGGAGCAGCGCGAGCAGCGGAACCGCCGAAAGACGAUGUCGCCGGGAGGGAAGGAGGUGCUGGCAGCGGCCAAAUCGCUCAAAGACAAGAAAGCAGCCCUUCCGCAGAUACAGCUUCCCCAGUCGGUUCCAGCCACACCGAUCAGCCAGGUCUUCCCAGGCGACGACGACGACGACGACGACGAGUCAGACGCGCCCACACAUCUCUUGCUGGACCCUGCGCUGAUGUUGCCGUUCACGCUGCCGUCGGCCACCGACAUGCUGGUCUCGUACGGGGCCGGUUUCGGCGGAGUUAACCGGGAGCGGGCACACAAGUAUGUGCCGACACUGCCGCCGGAAUUCCUGGCCCGGCUGGAGAGCAGCGGCAGCAGCAGCACGAGCCGGCCGAUGUUUGGCGAGCAGGACUGGGAGAACGAGGAGGUGUAG